AUGAUGGCGCAAAGUGAGAUAUUUUAUUCCGUAUAAUGUUAAAGUAAAAUGCUUGGGGGAGUAUGACAAAGCUAACGGCAAAAAAUGCUGAACUGCUACCUUCAAACGCCUGUCAGUAGAAGUUUCGGUUUUGGUAGUGGCGCGUCCGGUUGUUUGCAUGUGUUACUACCUUGACACUUAUGAUUAUCAAAAAGGCUAGGAGUCCUUCGUUUCAUCGGUGAAGGUGGGAAAUGAACGUCUUUUCAAGAAAUACAGCCAGUUACCGAUUCCUUUCAUUUAAGAAACUUAAUUAGAGGAGUGAAGACCCACGCUAAAUAUAACCUAGCUAACAUUUUAUAUUUAAUAUCGUCUAUCUUCCGUGAUUAGGCGUUGUAUCAUAUUUUUCCACAGAGAGCUGUCCUAUUUGUCUUGAUCCUAUGUCAAGUCCAAGAAGUUUAGAGUGCAAGCACAGUUUUUGUGUCGAGUGUAUUCAAACUGCUUUAAAUGUGUGCAACAGGUGCCCGGUCUGUCAACAGCCUCAAGGUAUUAUCACAGGAAACCAGCCUCGUGGACAGAUGACUUUCUACACUGAUCGUAACGGCGUUCCAGGCUACGAAGGUAAAACUCUUUAGAGCCAGAAUUUAAACAAUAAAUUUGCAUAGCUGCUAGCCAGGUGAGUGAAAACGAGAGCGAAAGUAGCGUCUUUGCAAAUUUCUUGGAACAAAGGAAAGUUUUUACAUAUUAAGAAAAAGGUGCCUAACAUAGCGGCCUUUUUAUUUUUUUGUAACAGCAUUAUGGCCGGCCCCUUUGACAGUUCCAUGUUUGGAUGCUCUAAAAUGAUAAAUCAAAAUAAACGGAAAACUGAUUUAGAACAGGAACCUGGGAUAAAAUUUUGCACGCCCUCAGUGAUCAUGAUUAGCGAUUAAAUCGGCCGUCAAAGCAACUGGGCCCAGGAGACAAGCCGCUGAUAGAUAGGCAGCCACCUGUGACGUGAUGUUUAAACGUUCUAUUGAAUAUAACAUUUGCAGGCUACGGGAAAAUCGUCAUCAGUUAUCAGUUUCCCUCUGGAGUACAAGGCUCGGAACAUCCAAACCCUGGUCAGCAUUACCAAGGCACAUCACGCACUGCUUAUCUCCCAGACAAUCAUGAAGGGCGACAGGUGCUGCAGUUUUUGAGGAGAGCGUUUGAUGCUCGACUGGUGUUUACAGUGGGUACAUCAAAUACAACAGGGCUUUCAAAUCAAGUGAUAUGGAAUGAUAUUCAUCACAAGACCAGCAUAUCUGGAGGUCCUUAUGGGUAAGGAAUUAAUUAUAGGUUCGCUUAGUGCCAUUCAAGGCACCCUUUAGUAAUUUUGUAUCAAAAGACUUAAAAUUACCCAUAUCUUGUUAUUAUCGACUACUGUGUUCAAUGUUAAGUGACUCAAGUCUUGUGAACAUAUUCAGUUCACAGAAAAGAAAUCGUGCUUAUUAUAAAAUCGCCCAGUCACUAGGACAAGUAUUCAACUAAAUGAUGCUCGCCUAAAACUGGGAUGAAGAAGGAUCUGGAUUUGAUUCACAGUUCAAUAAUAGAGCUGUAAUUUGUCCAUUCAUCUAUUCUUGCUUCCUACUGUCUCCUUGUCUAACUAUUGUGUUCGAUUAACACUGAGAGGAACUAAUCCCCAUUUCAGUUCAACACCGAUAGACUGAAGCAACCGUUUUAAGUCUCAGAUUCAUAAUUGCGAAUUUGUAUUUUCAAGGUUUGGAUAUCCCGAUCCAGGCUACCUACAGAGAGUCAAAGAAGAGUUGGCUACAAAAGGAAUUCGAUGA